GUACAGGCACGACGAACGGAGGAGCCUUCGGGGGCCAUCGUCAUCGUAUAUAAAGGCCACUUCCGAGACUCCGACCAUCGCACGAGUCAAAACGCGUUCCUUGGGAUCUUCGGAGUUUGCAAGAUCUACACGACCGGUUCGACUCAGAAGUUAACGGCUGUCGGAAGAAAUGGCAUUGAAUGGGCCAGCGCCACCCAGAGGUAGCGCAGCAGCUGCUGCUAGCAUGCGGAGGCGGAGGACAACUGGUGGUGGUGCCUCAGGAGGAGCAACUGGGACAAUGCUGCAGUUCUACACCGAUGAUGCCCCGGGACUGAAGAUCUCCCCAAACGUGGUUCUUGUUAUGAGCAUCGGCUUCAUUGCUUUUGUUGCCGUCCUUCAUGUCAUUGGUAAGCUCUACUUGGUCCGAAGAUAGACUCAACAGCGGAUUGAGAACAGGAAAAAUAUGUAGUGGUUCGUUCUCUCUUGAAUCGAAUCGGUGUCUUUUUUGUUGUAAGACAGAAAAUCAUGAAGUUUACAUUUUAUAGAUCAAUGUUUGACGUGGUAGUUUGACUCAGUUUACUAGAUUGGCUUUUUCGUCAGGCACUGUAAAAUUUUCAGAAGUUCUUCUGAAAAUGUACUGUUGAGGAUUUUGUUUUCUUACUUGUCCGGAGUUUUGUUCU